AUGACGGACGAGCAGAAGGUCUUUAUUCCGCCUAAGCGGGUUAACACCGACUAUCCGGUCAUCGAUACAGACCCUCAUUGGAGGCGGGCUUUUAGAUAUGCAAGACCCGAAGAUUGGACAUAUGGCGCCGGCUUCGCGGCCGUAGGCCCGGCGUUCAUGCUGGCGACUGAGCGAUACGCCCCGUCGUUUUCCGGCAAAGGUGCCUUCGGCCCUGUUUUCAGACUCAGUUGCGCCAUUGGCCUGAUAGCAGGAGCGGGAUUGGUGUACCAGAGGAGCUGCCUGAGAUUCUACGGCUGGACAGAGAAUGACCGAGAAGUCAAGAAGGACAUGCGAGAAAUGGUGGACAAAGUGAAAAAGGGAGAGCCUCUAUACGGAAAGACGGAUCUCACGCCCUACAUGCAGGGUGUUGCUGCGAGAAACAGCAGAUACAGUGCCCUGAUGGCCAACAUCGUGCCGUGGGCCAACUUUACCAACCACAACCAGCAUGGCGUGGACACAGCCAAAUACUAUCAACAGGCAGAACGAGAAUUGGAAGCCGAGAGAACAGCUAAAGGCGGCCAGUGA